UGUUGCGUUUUAGUUGAGGUAUUAUUUUGCACCGUGCCUGGCACUGUAGUUGAGAUGCAGCAUUUGUGCCGGGUAAAUAGUUACAGACCGUUAAUUGACAGACCACCGAAAAACGUGUACUUUUGAGGAUUUUCAGCAGGACUUUUUGGAGGUCCCUUGCGCUAUCUGUAGGCCUGCAUUUCUUUGCAUAUCAUCUGCCAAUGAGUACAAUGUUCAGCAAAAUCAUUGAAUCAACGAAACCCUCGUAACACAAUAGUUGAAAGGAAACUAAAUCUUCAAAGUAAUUAUGCUCUGCCUAUUCGGCUAGGUAGAUAUGGGGCGUAGCGGAUGUAGCGGUGUGUGUGUGUGUGUGAGUGUGUGUGUAUUUUAACCUCACAGUCUAUGGUUUUAACUCUUAACUUCACUUGGAAAACAAAUCUGUCAAAAACAUUGACGGAAUAUGAUUAAAAUACUUGGAACAAACAAGAAAAACCCAAAUUGUAAGUAAAUGCUCAAAUGUUUUGUUAGAGAAUGGGGAAGGUAAAUAGACAAACUCAAGUGACAGGUGUACUGUGGGAAUGUGAGUAGAUUUGGGUCUGAAUGAGUUUUGUCCAUCAACACAGAGUGGACUCAUGCAUACAGGAUGGAGAAUAUAGAGUGACAAGGUUUUGUUACCAGGAAGUGGGUCAAGUUAUUUAUAUUUCAACACUCGUCCUCUAGUACCCAUGGGAAGACCAGUGUUCGUAACCUGAAACUUUAUGUUUAAACAUUGUCUUAUGUUCCAGACGAGCGCAAACCACUGUGCUCCCAAGAUUGAAAAGGAAUCAUAUGAAUUAUUACCUAAUGGCAGAAAUGAUCAAAUCUACAUCUUGUCGUGGAUGCAGCAGGAUAUUCUGGAAUUGUGAUGAAGAUCCACAAGAAGAUUUUAACUCAUUACCUAUCCUGCACCUCACCUGUUGAUAAAGAAGGAUAUCUCUACAAAAAGAAAGAGAGGAAUGCUUCUUACCAGAGACGCUGGUUUGUCCUGAAGGCUAAUCUGCUGUUCUACCAGAAGAGGCCAGCAGACCGACAUCUGUUGGGGGUGAUUUUCCUUGAGGGCUGUGCAGUCCGACACUUUGAGUCUGAUGGACAGUUUGCCUUCUCCCUGGUGUUCAGAGGGCCCGGCCUGAAGACCUACAGGCUAGCAGCAGAAGACCCUCAGGGUCAGGAGAGCUGGGUCAAAGCCCUGAUGUCAGUCAGUCACUGCUACCUGUCACUGCUGGUGAGGGACCUGGGGAAGCAGUACGAAGAAGCCAAACGAGAAACAGAACCCGGAGAUUCACACCAGCGCCCUACUGUGAGUGGUCUGGGCACGAAGGGUCCUAACCAAUCCAGGGUCACCCUCAACUCAGGCUCAUCCUUCCCCAUGCAGGGGGCGGGGCCACUGGUGAGGGAGGGGAGGAGCUUCAGUGCCACUCAGAUGUUGCAAGGACACAAGAUGCCUGCUAAAGGGCCCAGUAAGAGAUCCCCAAAGCUUUGGCCAAAGAGAAAUGCACAUGUCACGCCUCUAAAUGGGCCAGCUCCAGCCUACGGAGAAUGGCCUAUGAUUGGCCUGGAUUCUCUGGAAGAGUUCAGCACGCUCCAUGACUACUACGGCCAAGAGGUUAGGCAGCUGAGGGAAGACUGGAGGAGGAGGAGGCAAGAGGAGAAGGGCCAGAUUGAGGACGAUCUCUUUGGUCUGGGAUGAAAAGAGACAUCCGUUUGAAACGUUUCAAUCAUACAAGUCCAGUUCUUGCAUUGAUAUAUGUGCUUUGUACAGUACAUUUGCACUAAGUCUUUUAGUAUAUGUUAACUUAUUUUUAAUGUUAAAUUAUAUUAAGGAAUGUGAAAGAUGUGAAAAAUAAAACAUGUAUUG